GCUAACAUACUACAUUCUGCUUUCUCACAUAUCAUAUCGACUUCUUUCUCAUCUUCGCAUCUCUACUGUAACUAACCAACCAUAUGGAGGAAAUGAGGGAUAGAGAUGAAAUCAACACAUUGGUUCUCAAUGUUGACUUAGAGAGACAAAAUAUCAAUGGUAUUAGUGAUGAUGAAACAAAUGAUGAUCCUAACAACAUAGUGAAUUGCAAUGUUGGUGACCUAGAGAGGCAAAAUCUCAGUGAUUAUAGUGAUGAUGAAACUAAAGAAGAUAUGAUCAUAAGUGGCGUUGGAGAAAAACAAAUGGCGAAUAAAUUAUCUAGACUUGAUUCUUUUGAGAAAGAUGCUUGCGUAGUAUCUCAAAUGUCCAACACUACUAAGGUUGCAUCAUUAGCUGCUGUAUUGAAGUUAGCAUUCCAAAGCAUUGGAGUUGUUUAUGGAGAUAUUGGAACUUCAGUACUAUAUCUAUUUCCGAGUGUUUUUAGUGAUAGAGUUACAACUCAUAACAACAUUGUGGGAGCUCUGUCUCUCAUUAUUUACUCCCUCACUCUUUUCCCUCUAAUCAAAUAUGUCUUUGUUGUUGUUCUUCAAGCCAACGACAAUGGUGAUGACAUGUGA